CCCACCCCAGGAAAAAAUCAAUUACUGAAUGUCGGAUCUUUGUUUUUCCCUCAAUGCCGAAGUAACCGCUCAAACAAGGACUCGGGAGCUACUGAAGGAAAACCAUGAGCAUCAGGAGAAGUUGGUUUCAGCUCCCGAAGCGAUGGCAAAGUGGGUUUGGGGAGAGUCACACUGAGUUGGUGUAGAGGAGUUGGAGGGGGCAGCAGUAAUGGAUCUCCUGAGAAUUGAGCUCGAGUGCUGACCAGAAGCUCCGAGUGCUGCGGUGUUCGCGGGCGCCGAGCUCAGUUCAAGAAACGGCGGGUGAGGGGUUCCGGCCUCUUUGUCUUCGCUCGCUCUGGCCGGGUCACUCUCGGAGCCACCGUGCAAUCUCUUCCAGAGGACUUCAGUCUAAGGCAUCCUGAGAACACCCUCCGGUGCACCCCUGGGAGCGUCUCUCUCUGGAGCUGCCCUUUAACCCACUCGCAUCCCUUCCCCGGGCCAGCCUCACCCACUUCGGGUCGGCCCCAGCCCGGGGUCUCCAGCCUCCCAGUCCAGCUCCCAAACCGGAAGUCCGAGCGGGAGACUCAGGGCACAAAAAGCGCAUGCGCAAGGGCUGCUACAGCGGCUACAGCGACUCCAUCUCCCGCGGAGACUGGCGCGAGCCAGCCGGUGGGCCAAGCGGAGCCGGCGCACUUCCGGGGCUCGGCGUGCCGACCCUUUACUCGCUUCCCGUCGGCUCUUCCGGCAGCAGUUGUCUUGGCGGGGUUGAUUCAGGAGGAACCGCCCGCCCCACUGGCCUGUGAGCUUGUGGAGAAGGGAGCAUCACCUCCGUGGUCGCCCGGAGAGACGCUGGAGGAGAGGGUGACGUAUCCAGGGAUUUGAGGUCCGCCGUGGGAAUGAUCCACGAACUGCUCUUGGCUCUGAGCGGGUACCCGGGGUCCAUUUUCACCUGGAACAAGCGGAGUGGCCUCCAGGUGUCACAGGACUUCCCAUUUCUCCAUCCCAGUGAAACCAACGUCCUGAAUCGACUCUGCCGGCUCGGCACAGACUACAUUCGCUUCACUGAGUUCAUUGAACAGUACACAGGCCACGUGCAGCAACAGCAACAGGAUCACCAUCCAUCUCAGCAGGGCCAAAGUGGGUUACAUGGAAUCUACCUGAGGGCCUUCUGCACAGGGCUGGAUUCAGUUUUGCAGCCUUAUCGCCAAGCAUUGCUUGAUUUGGAACAAGAGUUCCUGGCUGAUCCCCAUCUCUCCAUAUCACAUGUCAAUUACUCCUUAGAUCAGUUCCAGCUCCUAUUUCCCUCUGUGAUGGUUGUAGUAGAGCAAAUCAAAAGUCAAAAGAUUCAUGGUUGUCAAAUCCUGGAAACAGUCUACAAAUACAGCUGUGGGGGGUUGCCUCCUGUUCGAAGUGCACUAGAAAAAAUCUUGGCUGUGUGUCACGGGGUCAUGUACAAGCAGCUCUCGGCCUGGAUGCUACAUGGGCUCCUCUUGGACCAGCACGAAGAGUUCUUUAUCAAACAGGGUCCAUCUUCUGGUAAUGUUUCUGCCCAGCCAGAAGAGGAUGAGGAGGAUCUGGGCAUUGGGGGACUGACAGGAAAACAAUUAAGAGAACUCCAGGACUUGCGCCUGAUUGAGGAAGAGAAUAUGCUGGCACCAUCUCUAAAGCAGUUUUCUCUGCGUGUGGAGAUUUUGCCAUCCUACAUUCCAGUGAGGGUUGCUGAAAAAAUCCUGUUUGUUGGAGAAUCUGUCCAGAUGUUUGAGAAUCAAAAUGUGAACUUGACUAGAAAAGGAUCCAUCUUAAAAAACCAGGAGGACACUUUUGCUGCAGAGCUGCAUCGUCUCAAGCAGCAGCCACUCUUCAGCCUGGUAGAUUUUGAGCAGGUGGUGGAUCGCAUCCGUAGCACUGUGGCUGAGCAUCUCUGGAAACUGAUGGUAGAAGAGUCUGAUUUACUGGGUCAGCUGAAGAUAAUUAAAGACUUUUAUCUCCUGGGACGUGGAGAACUGUUUCAGGCCUUCAUUGACACAGCUCAACACAUGUUAAAAACGCCACCCACUGCGGUAACUGAGCAUGAUGUGAAUGUGGCCUUUCAACAGUCAGCACACAAGGUACUGCUAGAUGAUGACAACCUUCUCCCUCUUUUGCACUUGACAAUUGAGUAUCAUGGAAAGGAGCAUAAAGCAGAUGCUACUCAGUCAAGAGAAGGACCUUCUCGGGAAACUUCUCCCCGGGAAGCCCCUGCAUCUGGAUGGGCAGCCCUAGGUCUUUCCUACAAAGUGCAGUGGCCACUCCACAUUCUCUUCACCCCUGCUGUCCUGGAAAAGUACAAUGUUGUUUUCAAGUACCUACUGAGUGUGCGCCGGGUACAGGCUGAGCUGCAGCACUGCUGGGCCCUGCAGAUGCAGCGCAAGCACCUCAAGUCCAACCAGACUGACGCAAUCAAGUGGCGCCUAAGAAAUCACAUGGCAUUCUUGGUGGAUAAUCUCCAGUACUAUCUUCAGGUAGAUGUGCUGGAGUCUCAGUUCUCACAGCUGCUUCAUCAAAUCAAUUCUACCCGAGACUUUGAAAGCAUCCGACUGGCUCACGACCACUUCCUGAGCAAUUUGCUGGCUCAGUCGUUUAUCUUGUUGAAACCUGUGUUUCAUUGCCUCAAUGAAAUCCUAGAUCUCUGUCACAGCUUUUGCUCGCUGGUCAGUCAGAACCUGGGCCCACUGGAUGAGCGUGGGGCAGCACAGCUGAGUAUUCUUGUGACGGUGAGUCUGCAUAGGCCGUGUGAGGUAUACAGCCCUGUCCAAAGGACUAGAGAUCGUUUUGCCAAUGGAGAAUCAUGGUCUUUCUCUCUGAGUCAACAGAGCAUCUCCCCAGCACAUGUACACAGAAAUAAGAUACAAAGAUUAAAAGUUUUCUAUCAAUUGGUUUUGAAGCAGAUAAGUAUGUGCCACCUCACAGCAUUCAAAAAUAAUUCAGCCCCGAAUAGUGUUCAGCCCACAAAAUUUGUACUGGCUUUGUUCUCAUUUUCUCACCUGUUUCACUGAGAUUAUAUUUAUCUGCCUGUCAAAAAACCCUCAGGCGCUCCACAACCCCAGUACAUAAUAGAAUACAUUCAUUUUAAACCAAGUGCUAAAUUCCUACUGAGAAUAAGAGAACACUUGCAUAGGAAGUCAUGUGUUCUGUGGCCUUGGGCUGAGAAGUCAAGUCAUUUUAGGAGCUAAUAGAAAUGGGAAUGUGGGAAGGCCAGGUGGUUCUGUAGAAUUCCAAACAAGGCUUUUCUGAGGUGCUUCCCCACACUCCUACACCCUACCCCCUGUAUUCCUCACAUGGACAUAUGGUGAAUUUAAGAGGGACAACAGCUCAAGACCUUCUCUUUGCAGGGCUUUAGCCGCCAGUCUUCACUCCUAUUCAAGAUUCUUUCCAGUGUUCGGAAUCAUCAGAUCAACUCAGAUUUGGCUCAAUUACUGUUACGGCUGGAUUAUAACAAAUAUUACACCCAGGCUGGUGGAACUCU